CCUUUUCUUUUGUUUAAUAUAACAGUACAGCGCAUGAUUGGCAGGGAAGUGCCCGUUUUGAGACAGGGCUUCUGCAGGUCCCUAGAGGGGGAUGGCACGCGGGGCCGCCCAUGUUCUACGGAGAGGGCUUCUCAUAAAAAAAAAAUCUCUUUCUUUCCCUCCCUCCCCCUUCUCACUCUGUCUUGUCUUCUUUCUGUCUCUCUUCCUCCCUUCUUUUCUCUGUCUCUAAUUUUCUUGACAACUAAAGGAGGCAGCAGGAUAUUGUACCUAUACAUUGUACUGCAAAGACCCCGAAUUUGUGUUGGAGAGAUGAGAAUUAUGUAUGCACAUUAAUGAAUAGAGCUGUCGUAAUGUUACUGUUUCCUUUAUGAUGGACAGAAUGACUGAAGACGCAUUGCGCCUGAACCUCUUAAAACGGAGCUUGGACCAAGCGGACGACCGGGAGGAUGUCCUGGCAAAGAGGUUGAAAAUGGAAGGGCACGAGGCCAUGGAGCGCCUGAAGAUGCUGGCGCUGCUGAAGAGGAAGGAUCUUUCUGGCCUCGAGGUGCCCCACGAGCUCCCAGUGAAGCAGGAUGGUGUUAAAGUCUACGAAGAGAAGCUGAAUGGGAGCCUGAGGCCCCAUGCAGAUGGCAGGACUGCAGGGCGGCAGGGCAAGGAGAACAUUAAUGAUGAGCCAGUAGAUAUGAGUGCAAGGAGAAGUGACCAGGACAGGGGUCGAUUGACCCCCUCACCAGAUAUAAUUGUCCUUUCCGAUAAUGAGGCAUCAAGUCCACGUUCCAGCUCUCGCAUGGAAGAAAGACUUAAGGCAGCAAAUCUUGAAAUGUUUAAGGGUAAAGGCAUAGAGGAGCGACAGCAGCUUAUCAAACAACUCCGGGAUGAGCUGAGACUGGAAGAGGCCAGGCUGGUGUUGCUGAAGAAGCUGAGGCAAAGUCAACUGCAAAAGGAGAAUGUUGUACAGAAGACUCCAGUUGUGCAGAAUGCUGCAUCCAUUGUUCAGCCAUCUCCUGCCCAUGUGGGACAGCAGGGACUGUCCAAGCUUCCCUCCAGGCCUGGAGCCCAGGGGGUUGAGCCUCAGAAUUUAAGAACAUUACAGGGUCACAGUGUCAUUAGGUCUGCCACAAACACGACCCUUCCCCAUAUGCUUAUGUCACAGCGUGUGAUUGCUCCGAACCCAGCCCAGUUACAAGGGCAGCGCGUUCCUCCUAAACCUGGCCUCAUCCGCACUACAACUCCAAGCAUGAAUCCAGCCAUCAACUACCAGCCGCAGUCAAGUUCUUCUGUUCCUUGCCAGCGUACUACUUCUUCAGCCAUCUACAUGAACCUUGCCUCUCACAUCCAGCCCGGGACUGUGAACAGGGUGUCAUCCCCGCUCCCCAGCCCCAGUGCCCUGAACGAUGCCGCCAAUUCCCAGGCAGCUGCCAAGCUUGCCCUGCGCAAGCAACUGGAAAAAACGCUGCUGGAGAUUCCACCCCCGAAACCGCCAGCACCCUUGCUUCACUUCCUGCCCAGCGCGGCCAACAGCGAGUUCAUCUACAUGGUGGGACUGGAGGAGGUGGUACAGAGUGUUAUUGACAGUCAAGGCAAAGGCUGCGCGUCCCUUCUGCGCAUGGAGCCCUUUGUCUGCGCUCAGUGCCGCACUGACUUCACCCCGCACUGGAAGCAGGAGAAGAACGGCAAGAUCCUGUGCGAGCAGUGCAUGACCUCCAAUCAGAAGAAGGCGCUGAAGGCAGAGCACACCAACCGGCUGAAGAACGCCUUUGUGAAAGCCUUGCAGCAGGAGCAGGAAAUUGAGCAGAGGCUACAGCAGCAGGCAGCCUUAUCUCCCACUGCAGCUCCUGCUGUGUCCAGUGUCGGCAAACAGGAGACCAUCAUGAGGCACCACUCACUCCGACAGGCUUCACAGCCCCAGAGCACUCUGCAGCGUGGCAUCCCCACCUCUGCCCGCUCAAUGCUGUCCAAUUUCGCACAGGCGCCACAGCUGUCGGUUGCGGGUGGUCUCCUUGGUAUGCCAGGUGUUAACAUUGCAUACCUGAAUGCUGGGAUUGGAGGCCACAAAGCAUCGAGUUUGGCAGACCGGCAGCGGGAAUACCUUUUAGAUAUGAUCCCACCCCGGUCUAUAUCGCAGUCCAUCAGCGGACAGAAAUAACGCCUAUUGACCCUCCCCCCCCCCCCACUUCUGUCGCAUGCAGUGCCUGUACUGGUGCCUACCAUACAUGGUGAAAAGACACAAAAAACAUUUCAAAACUUCAGCGACCUGUCCUUUCCCAAACCUUAACUCUUCUCUUUGGUUUUCUAUAGCAGUGAGGUCAUUCCCCUUGCCCGAGGUCAGGACAAUUGUCUGCUUGAAAUCAGCACUAUACACGUGUUAAUGCUCGUUUUAUGCUAUUUUUUGUAAUGACAAAGCAUAGAAUUUUUAAUUUUUAUUUUUCCUUCUGCUAAAUGGAUGGUUAAACUUUUUUCCUUUCCAGAGAUUUUUUUUUUUAAGAGCAUCCACUCUACUCCAAGUGACCAUUUAUACAGGGUGGUCAGUGCUGACUCGAGGGGAAGAGGGGGGAGAGGUGGCCAUGUGCUGGCGUUUGGACAGCUGUUCUAUGCACUUAAUAGGGCGAAUUAAGACUUGCAUUCUUUGAGUUGCUCACCAAAAGAGGUAAGGGACAGAGGUUCUGUGGAUGCGUCCAAUUGAAUCUCGCUGGGGGGUUGGUCCGUAAUAGCUUGGCCCACAUGCAAUUGUUAAUGGUAUAUGAUGCCUUUCCCUGGAGGAAGGCAGCCCCGUGUGUGAAGGAGCUGUUUCAGUGCCGUGCAUCUGCCACUUGCAGCACAUGUGGCUUGAUGCAGAUCUCUGUGCUUGACAGAGCAGUGCAAGGGAUGGCAGGGCUGAUGGAUUGUGCCAGGGAAUCCCAUCAGUUGUGCUGAUGCAGCUGGGCUACCAGACUCAGUAAUGCAGUGCAGCAGAAAUGGAGCAGACCCGUGCUGCCACCACGUGUGUGUUUCCGUCUCCCAGUAAUUCUGAUGCUCCCUGUUUAGAAGUUGAAGUUCUCUAAGGGACUGUGAUGAACUACCAAAGGGCACAGUGGCCUCAUGCCUUUUUAAUCCCCCGCUGCCCCCAUGCUGUUCUGCUCUCAAGAGCAGCUCCCUAAAGUGUUGCAGGGCACAGUGGACCGAGCUGCGGUAGGAGCUUGGAUUGGAUUGAGUUAGCAAACCCAAAGCAAGAGCAAGCUGAGAGUCGUGUCUGCAGAUCGCUCUAUUUGCACUUACCGUUGCCCCAAGACGCCCCGCACCUGAACCCGAAAAGAGCAGAACCAUCUCCUGGCAGCAGAGGGUGCCGCCAUCUCACCAGUACCCUGGAAAGAGGCCCCGCAGAACUGCAGUCUUGGGAGCAGGAUGCUGGUGUGGAGCCUUCCCGCUUGCUGUUGAUAGAAUUAUGUUAAUGGGGGUAACCUCCUUGGUCAAACUGUUACAAAACGAAGCGAAUAUGCUUGAUUUGCUGCUUCUGAGGGGGAACCCUGCCCUCCUUGGACAGCGUUUCCUGAUGGAACAUUAAUUGUGCAAUGAAGUGCUACGUCAUCACUCGCAUGGAGUGUCAUUGUCGGGGUGCCCGGCAGCACCUGGUGUUUGGGAAGAGGCACCCUUCUUUUCAGCAUGACUCCGUGCUGCAUCGCCACUGACACUUGGGUUCCUGUCGUCUCUGUCCCUCCUGUCUCUGGUUGAUAGCUGUGGCUGCAAUACCUGAACUGCCAUAGUCUGAACGGAUUGCUGCCGAGUGACUGAAGGAGGUCUGAUGCCUUUACUUUGAAAGCCAGCAGGAUUUCUCCCAAAGAGGCACAACGCGCCUGCCCCUGUCUUUGGAGAGGAGGGUCUGUAUCAAUGCAAGAACUAGGCCCUCCCUACCUACUCCAGUUCCUGUGCAGACUUCUCUCCCUCACCCGAUCAUCUCAAAGUGGGGGGGGGGGCUGUGCUGGUACAACAGGCCCUUCCCCGCUCUUUGCUUCGGUGCACCCCACUCCCUCUAUUCAGUGAGCACUUAAUAAUAAUCGAGGGGCGUGGAUGCGUGGCUGGGGCCCUGCAGAGGUGAAAGGAUUUUUUUGGAAAGUAGUGGAAUGCGCAGUGGCUUUUUUCUUUUGUUUUGUGGUUCACUGUUUAGCUGGCGUGGUACUCCUCUCCCACACCCACUGGGACAUUGAUUAUCAACCUGCUGUGCUUAGAGGGGAGCACUUUGAUUAACUGUUUCUUCUCCUUUGAUAAAGCCAAGAAAUUAUCAGCCUGUUCUUUGUGCCCGCCCCCCACCACCACCACUUGCCUCUUGACAUGGAGUUGGCUUUGUCCCGCUGUCUCCUGCCCUCAUCUCCCCCCAUGGGUGUUACCGAGAGGUAUGAGGUGGCCCAAGCAGAUUGGCUGAGAUUAACAUUAAAAAUGUGCAAUACUUAAGUCCCUGCCGCUGAGGCCUCAUGCACUAGUUAAUUGUCGGAGAGCAAGUUAACAAUAAUGGUGCUAAGUUAAAUUUCUUGGGAAGGGGAUCAGGGUCCCCCAACCACCCCAGAUUGAUUAUUGCAGUGGUUGGUGAAAGAAAAGUCCCUGUCGCUUGCUUAUAGAUUUAUUUCCGUCCUGCAGCCCGGGCCUCGCAGAUCACCCUGUCUGACCCAGUGCAGUGAAGGCUGACCUGCUUCUGUGGCAGGCAGCAUGGUCCGAGCCUGGGUCCGGGAGCCAGGAACUCCCCAGUUCUACUCCCAGUUCUGUGGCCUUGGGUAAGUCACUUCACCUUCCUCUUUCCCCAACUGUAGAUUGGAGGCUGCCUCACGGGGGUUGUGUGGGCUGCUGGGUGUCCGUCAAGUGCUGGAGGUGCACAGUGGCUUUACUGAGACAGGUGAGGCCCUGCUCAGAUCCUGCUGGCCCAUCUGUUGCUCGCUGUGGCCUCGAGUUGCUCCUUCCCUUUGGCUGAUGUCCUCUGAGCUGUUCUUAAGGCCCAGCCAGCGACGGGAGCCAGUCGUAUUACUUGGCCCGCAGCUGUUUUCUGCUCAUUGCCCAGUUCCCCUCUCUCCAUAGUCCCACACUCUUGCCAAUCGGUUGCUGAAUUGUAAAAUCAUUCAUGAAUCCCCCCUCUCCCCCAACUCUUGUCCUGGAAGUGUGUCUCCACACAUUGAUGGGUUCUGUGGUGCUAAGGGGAGAGGGAACCAAUAGCGGGGUGCUCUCCCUGCAUGCAGCCCCAGCUGUUCACGUGAAACAGAAAUUCUCAUCUCCAGCAGGACUGGGGGGCUGCACCUCAUCUCUGGAGUUUUGUUCCUUGGUUCUGUAAACGCUUCCUGCAACAAGCAGGGUUCUUCCCACACUUCGUAGAGGGGUACCCCGAGUUAGAAAGCACAGAGCAAAUGCUCCCUUUGGCCUUGGCUGGGUUCACUGCACAGCAAUCCAGCAGCAGUCGGCAGGUGCCAGGUCAUGUUGGUAAACCUGGGAGCACCAAAAACUGGGCACCUGCUUUGUGUUUCAAUGCUGUUUCCAUCCCCCAGUCAUCCGAGCCCAUCCUUCACUCCUGCUGCCCUGGGCACCUUACCCCUUCCACUGGGGAAUCUCUCUGGCUUCCUCUCAUUAAAUCCCCAGGGAAUUUCUGUUGCCUAGACCCUUGCACUGCUGCUGGGGAUGGUGGAGUAUCCAACCCUCCAGACAGCAGUUUGGUUCAUUGCAGUAUUUGACGCCCCACCCCUCUGCCUGCUUAUCUCUGUGUCGAAGGGGAAUUAAGAUGCUUGCUUUGUCUGUGAUCUGCACAGGUUUAAAUUUUUUUUGUCUUGACCACAGCGCGCGACCACUCCCAAUCCCUGGUAAAGUGCCCCUCCCCCUUUAUGGAUGUGAUGUACGGUAGAAAAUCGUCUCUUUUUUUAGAUACAGAAAUAGGGAUUUUUUUCCCCGCUUCAGUUAGCUUUUCUUUUACAGCUAGAUGUAGAGCUGCUUGUGAACGCUUUAGUGGGGUUUUAUUUUUUGUUCCUCCAAAGGCAUAACCCAUCCCUCCCCCUUUCUUCUCUAACCCUCACCCAUCUCCACUCACCCACCCUGACAAGAUCUUAAUUAGCUUAUGAUAUUGCUGCCGAAAUGUUAUAACAAGGACUCAUUCGUGUAUAUAAGCUAUUUCUUGACACAUUAAAAACAAUUGUACAUUGUGUAGAAAACAAAACAAAACAAAAAAACAGCCUCGCCAUGGAUAUUGUGAAAGUUGUUACGUCCUUUUGUAGUGUGACCUUUUGUGUAUGACCUGAAACGUGCAAAAGGGGUGGUUUCCGGUGGGUGGGUUAGGGAAGCAAAGUCAGAUGGCUGCAGAGGGCAAAGAUCCCAGGGGCUGGCGCUCUUGUCCAGGCGGGAACUGCUAGCCUGCAGAAAUGCACUGGUGGCAAUCGCCACCUCCCAAAUCUGUGCCUUUCACACACACAAAGAAGGACCCUACAAGUUACCAGCACCCCCUAGUGCAGUGGAGGCAGGAAGUUUUUUCCCCCAGCGUUAGGUUUACAGCUCGUGAUGUCUCUCUAACCAGCAGUGGUGGUGCAUUCCCGUGGGGAGCAUCCGGAUCUUGGGGAGUGGGACGGGGGUGGGGACAAGUAUUAUGAACUGUAAUUGUAUUUGCACUGUUUUUAUUAUUGCAUUGGCAUAUAUACAAUAUACAUCUAUAACAACCUGCGGUGUGCGGCUUCCUUCAUGUUCUGUCUGCCAGAGCCUGUGCAGACGCUCAGCAGAGCCCAAAACAGGCAGGGACCCAGGAUGAAAUGAUAGAGCUUCUCAGACCGGCUGCUGGGAAAGGGGGAAACAUCUGUUCCCAGCAGCUAUGACAAUCCAAAGAGCUUGAGAUGCGUGGUCUCCAGUACUGUGUGACUGUGGCUGCUCUCAGAACGGCUGCCCCAGGAUUCCUGUGGUCACUAGCCCCUCCCGGGGAGAGGCAGCCUAAGCAGUUGUUGGUCAGACAUAAAGGUGCUGGCACAAGGUGCUGGUCUAACCCUUCCCUGGAUUUCAAGUGUCUUACCAGUGCCUGUCCAGACUCUGUGUUCAUCUGAGAGAGCAAACAGCACCUGUAAGAUCCAGAGCCCUUUGGAGUCCCGGCUUCUCGUCUCCUCCCUGCAGUCUAAGCCAGCUGACACCUACACUCCUUGCACGCUCUUUGUAGUGCUCUGUAUAGCUGACCCUGCCUGAAGACUCCCGUUCCCCCCAGCUGGGUGCAUUCCUCUUGGUGCAGCCUGGCGGGUCCUGCUCCGACCAGCCCAGGCUCAGAACCGGCUCGCCUACCCUUUGCCCUGCUGAAAAAACCCUCUCAGCAUUUGCACCUGUUCUCAAAUCCCCAUUGGGUGAGCAGCAUCGUGCUAGGGCUGCCGUAGCGUUCCCUUCAGCCUGGCAAAAUGGGGGCCCGUAGAACAUUGCAGAGUGGCCCACUGUGUGGUGUCUCUGCUCCACAGAGACUGGCUUGUUCUCUCCAGUCCCCCUCACUCCUGCCUGCCAGUUCCUGGCUCCUCUGAAGCCUUCCACGUCCGCACAUGCACCCACCUGCUUCUCCACAAGCAUCCUGGUGUUGGCAGGUUCCCAGCUGAUCAGUGGUACCAGAACACCAAGGGACUGAGCCCCUUCCUGGAGUGGGCUCCUGGUACCAGCAGCGAAGGCUGCCCCAGCUGUCUGCAUGACUGGAGGGGAUUGAAAUGGACUGGGCGGGGUGGGAAGCUACAGCCCCUCUCUGUUCUGGGAAUGGGGAAGGGUGUGUUAGUGUCUCACUUCCUUGCUUUCCCUCCCACGAAUACCCCCAGCCCCUCCAGCUGUUCAUGUGGCCAAAAGAUUACACUGAUGGAGGUGACUUGCUGGCUCAAAUGGGCUAAGCAGCUCCAUAGCAGACCCGUUCCCUCGGGGUGCUGUGAUAGGGACGGUCUGGGCAUAGGGUUGCACCAGCGUGCUUUAGGAGGACAGAGGCAAUUCCAGUGCGUUUUGCAGGCAGCUGUUUGCACUCUGUCACCAGCAUAUGCAGCUCUGCUCUGGAAAGACUCCAGGUCCGUGAUUCUUGCUAAACUCAUUCAGAAACUGGGAGCUGGGUCGUCGCCCUCCCCAUCCAGCGUGUUCUCGCUGUGUCUGCGCCCAGUUUGCAUGGCUGAAAACAAAGCGGGAGGUUGUUCUCCAGCCAGGCUGGAAUCCAGCUCGUUCUACCUAGCUGUGACUAGCGCUGAUGAAGGGAAAGGCAGUCAAGCUUUGCUCAGGAAUGGGAGCGAGAGGCUCCCAGUUAGCAGGGCACUUCAGAGCAGAAACCGCCGCACCUCUCAACAGAGCUUCCAAGGGUUGGCCCAGGUGUUGUAUCCCUUCCCGCAACUUCAAGUGUAGCCCAAAUCUUCAUAGGUGAUUUUAGAGGCCCAACUGGAGCCUUUCAAAGGGGCCUGGCUUUUCCGGCAGCCCUUCCUGAAAGUCUACACCCCUUUAAGGCAUCUCAGACUGGGCACGCAAAAUUGCUACCCACUUCUCCAAACUUCGUUCUGUAGCUACAUCCAAUCUGGCUGCUCAGGGCCUGGAGUCACCGGCUUGAAUGCCCGACGUCCCUGGAGAGGUGCUGUUGGAUCCAAUUUCUCAGCACAGCCUUCCAUCCCCCAAACAGUUUGUGCAAAGGCACUGCUACCAUGCUCUGCCCUGGUUCCUGACUGCACAGCACCUUCAUCCUCACUGAGUGAUGCCCCCAGAGCUUGGAGGGGAGGGAGAAGUCUGGGUGGAUAGCAAGGGAUACAGCGUGGCAAAGCAAGGGGAUCCCAGCCUCACACCUGCAGCCUAGCUAACCGAGAGGUGAGGGGUGCGGGAAACCAGGCCUUUUGCACAAUUUUAAGUUUUUUUUGCAUUGUGUUUUGAAAUCUGGUUUAAAAAAAAAAAAGCUGUUUAAAUACUGCCAAGCGAUUAUGCAGUGACUGGUUAAAAAUAAUAAGCUAAUUUUUGGAGAAAGGAUUAAAAAAAACUUUGUAAUAUUUAUCACUUGCAAGCUAUGUUUAAUAAAGAAAGGAAUGAUUUAUAACUUUU